AUGAACAGUAGAAUUGCUGCUCUGAAAGCCGGCCAUGCGGUUCCCCGGAGAUUCAACAGUUCUCAUGAAUUGAACAAGUACUCUCGGGUUCUCACGCAGCCGAAAGCUCAGGGAGCCUCUCAGGCUAUGCUCCACGCUACGGGCUUCAAGGACGAGGAUUUCUCCAAGGCCCAAGUGGGUGUUGCCAGUGUGUGGUGGUCGGGAAACCCUUGCAACCAGCAUCUGCUCGAGCUCAACUUCAAGGUCGCUGAGGGCAUUCGCAAGUCCGGCAUGAUGCCUAUGCAGUUCAACACCAUUGGUGUUUCGGAUGGUAUUUCCAUGGGUACCAAGGGCAUGCGUUACUCUCUGCAGUCUCGUGAGAUCAUUGCUGAUUCCAUCGAGACCCAGACCAUGGCCGAGUGGUACGAUGGCAACAUUUCGAUUCCUGGCUGCGACAAGAACAUGCCCGGUGUGCUGAUGGCUAUGGGUCGUAUCAACCGUCCGUCGAUCAUGGUCUACGGUGGUACCAUCCAGGCUGGUAAAGGCACCUGUGGUUCUGUCAAAGGCAAGGUAAUUGACGUUGUCAGUGCUUUCCAGUGCUACGGCGAGUUUAUUUCCGGAGCUAUUGACGAGGAGACUCGCCAGGAUAUUGUCCACCAUGCUUGCCCCGGGUCUGGUGCCUGCGGUGGUAUGUACACGGCCAAUACCAUGGCUUCUGCUGCCGAAGUCUUGGGAAUGACCAUGCCCGGAUCGUCUUCGUUCCCGGCGAUCUCCAAGGAGAAGCUCGAGGAGUGCGCUACUGUUGGCGAUGUUAUGAAGAACCUGCUCCGUAUUGACCUCAAGCCUCGCGAUAUCAUGACUCGGAAAGCGUUCGAGAAUGCAAUUGCUUAUAUUAUUGCUACUGGUGGCUCUACCAACGCUGUUUUGCACCUUCUUGCCAUUGCUCACUCGGUUGAUGUCGAGCUCACCAUCGACGACUUCCAGCGAAUCAGCGACAAAACUCCUUUACUUGCUGAUUUCAAGCCUUCUGGCAAGUAUGUCAUGGCAGACUUGCAAGAGUACGGUGGUACUCCCGCUGUUAUCAAGUUCCUCAUGUCUGAGGGUAUCAUUGAUGGUUCCACCAUGACUGUUAUGGGUAAGACUCUCAAAGAUACCGUCGCUGAUCUGCCCGGUCUUCCCGAGAACCAGCCUAUUUUCAGCCCUGUCUCUAAUCCACUCAAAGCUAGUGGCCAUCUCCAGAUUUUGCGGGGUAACCUUGCUCCAGGUGGAUCGGUCGGUAAGAUCACUGGUAAGGAAGGCCUUCGUUUCGAGGGCAGUGCCAAGGUUUACGAUGACGAGGACUCUUUCAUCAAAGCUCUCGAGGACGGUGACAUCAAGAAGGGUGAGAAGACUGUUGUUAUUAUUCGCUACGAGGGCCCUAAAGGUGGCCCUGGUAUGCCUGAGAUGCUCAAACCCUCUUCCGCCAUUAUGGGAGCUGGUCUUGGUAAGGACGUCGCAUUGUUGACCGAUGGUCGUUUCUCUGGUGGUUCUCAUGGUUUCUUGAUUGGCCAUAUUGUGCCCGAGGCCGCAGUGGGCGGGCCCAUUGCCCUGGUCAAGGACGGUGAUAUCAUCACGAUCGACGCCGAAAACAACUCGAUCGAUGUCAAGCUGUCUGAUGCCGAGCUCGAGGAACGUCGCAAAUCAUGGGUCGCUCCCUCUCCCCGUUACACCCGAGGCACCCUGGCUCGCUACUCAGCUUUGGUAUCUGACGCAAGCACUGGUUGCGUCACCGAUAACUUUUAA